UUCUCUCUCCUCUGGGCCUGACACUGGCUGCAGGUAUAAUGGGGCAGGGCUAGCUGGGCCCAAAGGCUCUCCUUAACCCUUUCCAUGCUGGUGGACGGUUUCUCUGUUUCAUGGCAGACGUGCUCAGAGAAUACAGUACACUGGUAAUGUAAGUGCAUGUAACAUGUUUGUAGUGGCACUAUGUAGUGAAGACAGAGAAAAUAUGGCAUUUUAAAUAAUAACAUUCUGUACAUCCACACGUAGGCCAGAAUGCUUGUAAUAAUUUAGGCCUAAAUUUAGGCCGAGUGUCUCCAACAACCUUUGGAUAAUUGGGGUAUACUUUUAUUUUGGAAUAGAGUUCUCCACAUAAGGCACUAUUGAGGAAACGCUUAUUCUGCAAUAGCUACGCUGGUCAAUUUCCCUGUGUAGACAAGGCCCAAGUGACUAAAAUGCAUGAUGUUUUGUGAGCUGUAUUUCACUUACAAGUUUAGUCUUGUCUAGAAAUUAUGUUAAAUCAGUAAGUAGUUGAGAGUACUGAGGCUGGAGAAACUAAUUACAUUAACUAAGCCUGCUACUACUAUUUGUUAUAGGAAACUGUGCUUAUCUACAGCAAAAGUGAACAAUGAAAAACCCUGAGUGUUUCAAAGAGUUUAGCUUAGAAAUCACAUAUCUUUUUCAUGAUCAAGAGAAUUGAUAGUUCUUAGAGAGAAAAAAAGCAAAAAGGAAGAAGCUUUGAACUGGCUUGUAAACUAAAGAUUUUCCCAUCACUUGUACCUUUACUUAAAAUAAGGCUUACAAUACUGGUGAAAUUCCAGAAAAAUUAAAAUAGUUUCAAAAUGACACCUGCAUAUUGUAUUUUGUGUAUAAUGGGAGAUAGUCUUGUGCUGGUAUAGGUGGCAAAGCUUGGCUAUAUAUACCUGGAAAAGGUAAUUUCAAGCUGUUUGGGGAUUGUUUGAUAAUUCAUUUUCCCGAAUUUUUAAACUCUACUUUAGAAUUGUAUGGUUGAACUGACACAAGCAAUUCCAUAAUUCCACUGGCUGAUAAACUUGCUUGGAGAUAAAUAAGGAUCUAUAUUUAAGGAUCCUAUAGUUCCACACUGGUGCCAAAAUCACUGCUCAGAAUAGCAUAGAACUAGGAUAAAAGUUUGUCGUUGUACCAUGGUUGUGAUUAGACCUUGAAUUAAUGUAACUGAUUUAUUAUGUCUUUAUAAACUGUAACAUCCCCUGUUCAGGUUUUCGACAUUGUAAACACUAUCAUCUAAACAUUUUUAUUUUGCUUUCUAUAAUUUCUCAUUAGCUUUUUAAACGCCAUUUUGGCUGAUGAAAUACAUAAAUUCAUAGUAAUUCUCCAGCCUGUACUUUAUGGACAGAGAGCCAAAGAACAGCAAGAAACCUAAUAGAAGUAACUAGCUGAUUCAAAUUCUUCAACCAAUAUGUGUGUGUUUUUAAUAACGUCUUUCUCACAACUAAUAAGGUUAAGUGAACUACCCACUGUGAUCUGUAUCUAGUGGAAAAGAGGCUUAUUUAAAUGAUGAAGGCAAGAGGAUCUCUCACAGUGCGCAGAAGGAAAAUGAGCUCCACAGAAGACCUUGACUAUCCUCAGAUCUUAUUUCAAUACAACAAUGGGUUUUUAGUCUCAAAGAUUAUGUUUACUGCCUGUGAAUUGGGAGUGUUUGAUCUAUUGCUGGAGUCAGAAGGGCCCCUGUCUUCAGAUGCCAUUGCUGAACGGUUGGGCACCAGCGCCAGCGGAAUGGAACGGUUGCUUGAUGCCUGUGUGGGAUUAAAGCUCCUGGGAGUCGAAAUGAAAAGUGAAGGAGCCUUUUACAGGAACACAGAGCUUUCCAACCUCUACCUUACAAAAUCAAGUCCCAAGUCUCAGUAUCAUAAUUUGAUGUACUACUCCAAAACUGUCUAUUUGUGCUGGCACUACCUGACAGAUGCUGUGAGAGAUGGGAAAAACCAGUAUGAGCGAGCAUUUGGCGUUUCAUCAAAAGACCUCUUUGAGGCUCUCUACAGAUCAGAAGAAGAGAUGAUCAAAUUCAUGUAUGGUUUAAAUGCAAUUUGGAGUAUAUGUGGCAGAGAUGUGAUUGGUGCAUUUGACCUUUCACCUUUCACCGUCAUUUACGAUCUGGGAGGAUGUGCAGGUGGUUUGGCCCAGGAAUGUAUUUCUUUGUACCCAAAUUCUACAGUCACAAUUUAUGACCUACCUAAAGUAGUACAAGUGGCAAAGGAGCGUUUUGUACCCGCAGAAGAACGUCGGAUCACUUUCCAUGAAGGAGAUUUUUUUAAAGAUCCAAUACCAGAAGCUGACCUGUACAUUCUGGCGAGGAUCCUGCAUGACUGGGCAGAUGACAAGUGUAUGCAGCUACUAGCAAAAAUCCACAAGGCUUGCAAGCCUGGGGGAGGAGUGCUGCUGGUUGAAACACUUUUGAAUGAAGACAAAACUGGGCCUUUGGAAACCCAGCUUUACUCUAUGAACAUGUUGGUUCAGGCUGAAGGAAAAGAACGAACGCCAGCCGAGUACAGCAAGCUCCUCGCUGCAGCUGGUUUCAGAGAGAUUCAGGUCAAGAAAACAGGAAAGCUCUAUGAUGCCAUUUUAGGAAGAAAAUAAUUCUGUCUCUUCUUUCUUGCCUAUUGUUAGAUGUGUAAAUGCAGUGAAGUGACCAUCUUUUACUAGACUGCAGCAGUGAACCCUGCUCAUAGUUAACCUUGUCACUUUGUUUGUACAACAAUACACUGCUAGAACAUUCAUUCAUUAUGUAUGUUGAGCCUACAGGGAUUGACAGUGCCAGCUUGAAUGUGACUCCUGUUUGGUUCUGGACUCUAACUGUGGGAAUAAAGUAAUUAACACAUGUUUAACAAGAAAUAGCAUGUGAAAGCAACACUAUGGAAAGCUUAUACUCUUUGCAUUAUACGUUUUUUUCUAUUCUGUCAGACUUUGUACUUUCCUCACUUUUUGCAUAUUUAACAUAAUGUCUGACCCGUCUGGGUUUGUACUCAGCUUUCUUCUUGCAAAUAUAAACUGUACAUCACUGUACUGAUUA